CUUGGAUAUCGAAAUAGUCGCGAACAUCUUUACGUGGGACGCUGCCAGUUCAGUCCGAGGAUCCCAAUCAAUAAGUUUAUUCCGAGAGCUUGGGACAUCAGUUCAGAUAUCUGAAUUCUGGAGGAGUUUUGUUGCCACCUAUUCACCAUAUAGCUUUUAACAAUAUCUGCACCUUUAAACUUCUAGUUGCCCGUUCUUAUGAUUAAAUGGUUCAUCUCACUGUGAGCAGUCUUUAGUGGCACUUGACAAGUCACUGAUGAGCAGUACAGACGGGCGCGGUGGGCGCCUCAUUAUCUUUGCUUCGCCAGAAGCAAGAAAAGAUGCGCUUUGGUGGGCGCUGGCUGCACUCUCUGUGCCAGUUGCUGGAGCCGCAGUCUGGUGGCUGUCUGAAAACACCAUCAACAGAUUGGCACCCAGGGAGUACCAGUAUCGCCCUGGGACCGUGUCAGAGUACAUUUCAGAGCUGUUUGCGAAGCAUGCAAAGCGGAGAAGGAGAACAAAGCCGCUGAGGGUGUACCUUGAUGGCUGCUUUGAUGUGAUGCACUAUGGCCAUGCAAAUGCCCUGCGGCAGGCGAGGAUGCUGGGUGACCAACUUGUGGUGGGAUUGAUAUCAGACGAUGAGAUCCGCGCAGCCAAGGGGCCCCCAGUCAUGAAUUAUGCAGAGCGCAAAAGUCUGGUGGGCUCUGUCAAGUGGGUUGAUGAGGUCAUCGACGAUGCGCCGUACCUUCUGAGCGAGGACUUCCUGCACGAGCUGUUCACCAAACACAAGAUCGACUACGUGGUGCAUGGGGAUGACCCGUGCCUCCUGCCAGAUGGGACGGAUGCGUACGCAUACGCAAAGCAGCAGGGGCGCUUCAAGAUGAUCAAGCGCACAGAGGGCGUCUCGUCCACAGACAUUGUUGGACGCAUGCUCAUGUGCACUCGCGACAAUGCGCGCUUCCGUGAGGAGCGCCGGGAGCUAACGAAGCAGUUCAGUAGUGGGGAGCGGCGGGUGUCGCUGGAGGAGUUGGAAAAUGGGGAUGGCGGCUCGGUGGCCGGGUCUCCGCGGCCGCCAGCGCACACCAUCAUCUCGCGCUUCAUGCCCACCUCGCGGCGCAUUGUGCAGUUCUCUGACGGCGUUCCUGCGCCCCCCGGAGCGCGCAUCGUGUACAUUGACGGCGGCUUUGACCUCUUCCACCCCGGCCAUGUGGAAAUCCUCAAGCUGGCGAGGGCACAGGGUGACUUCCUGCUGGUGGGCCUGCACACGGACGAUGACAUCAUGGAGCGGCGGGGUGCCCACCUGCCCAUCAUGGACCUGCAUGAGCGCGCACUCAGCGUCCUUGCCUGCUGCUACGUCAACGAGGUCAUCAUCGGUGCCCCGCUGGAGGUGACAGAGGACCUGCUGACCACAUUCAACAUCUCCCUGGUCGUGCGCGGCACAGUCAGCGAGACCGGCGCGGCCGACAACGCCGACCACCCGCGCUACAUGGUGCCCAAGCAGCGCGAUAUCAUGCGGACGCUGCGGAGUCCGAGAGACAUCACAACGGCAACCAUCAUCCACCGAAUUGUGAGCAACCGCGCUGCCUACGAGGCGCGCAACGCCAAGAAGAACAAGUCUGAGGCCGCUUACUACCAGUCAAAGCAGCAUGUCACGGAGAUGUGAGAUCGUUAGAGAGCGCGAGGUCGAUCGCAGCCAGCAGGCCCCGUGUUUUAAAGGCGUCCUUUCUCACUGCUGCUCAGUGGGAACACAAGCCCACAAUGGCACCUCCCUAGCCGUCGGUAUCCCGCGGACCAAUUGAUGGUUGAACUAAUUGUGUGGCUUUUUCAGUAGAUGAGAGGGCAGAUUUUGAGUUGAAAGCCUUUGUCUGAGGACAUGCUAUAAGGUUUUACUUGGUAUUCUUCUGUAAACCCAGCUUUUGAACGUGAAGCUGGGCCCAGUACUGGUGAAGGUUACUGUAGCAUAAGCAGAUCUUCUAGGCUUUUCAUGUGUUUGUCAUCUGGAUCUGGUGUUGCAUAUCAAUUAUUUGCUGCAUUACCAUGGUAGUGUCAGGAGCAGUGCACUAGUGCAGAUAUCGCUGAUCUUAGCUUGUGGCGCAAUGGUUGAGCUCAAAGAGAUUGGACUCAG